CAUCACGUAAAUGCUAUAGCUUCUCUACAUAAAAAUAAAUCAAUUGUCGCUCUAAACCGAUCACCACCAUUAUUCACUUAUUUCUUUAUUUGCUUGUUCAUCAAAAUGGAAAUCUACCUAUCCCUUCUCAUAGUCUCAUUCUUCUUCCUCAUUAUACCAAAAAAAUCCUAUUGUGUUGAUCCAAGAUAUGAAGCAUGUAAUAAACCCCAAACAUGUGGAGCUGAAAAGAGCCUAGAAAUAAAAUUUCCCUUUUACAUUAAAAACCAACGACCCUCUUACUGUGGCCUUAAAGAUUUCGCACUAGCUUGUAACGAUGACUCAGGUUAUCCAAUUCUCCAAAUACGUAACCAAAACUACAGCGUAAAUCAAAUUAUUUACGCUAAACAGAUUGACGUGUCUGUUACUGAAUCGUUUGAUAAUCGGAAGAACAAUAGUCACCAAAGUUCGUCGAGUUCUAGUAGUUGCACAGAAGGUUAUAAUGAAUAUGGUCAUUAUGUUCGUCAAUGUUCUAGUCAGAGCAACGCUUCGAUCUCUAUCGACGAUAACCACAGGUCUCGAUCAUCUAAUGGAACUUUGUCAUUAUUGGAGUUUUAUCCGGACAUGUGGUCUGAAGCAAAUUGCAGUGUUUGUGAACAAAGUGGCGGGGUUUGUGGUUCUGUUAGUGGUGACACAAAUGGAUUUACGUGUUACUGCAAAGAUAUGUCACAUACUCAACGUUGUAAUGUUACUAUUACAUCUCCAGGGCACAAAAGGAGGAGGGUCUUGAUGAUAAUUCUAAUAGCAAUCCUAAUUGUGCUGGCGAUAACAGUCGUCGUCCUGUUUUGUUGCUUCAAGAGGCUGCAUAAACACAGAAAACGCGGAAACGAGGUUAAAGACUCUCUGGAGAAGUUUCCUAGGCAUAGUCACAAUGUCAAUGAUGAUGAUGAUAAAUCUUCCUCCUUGGAGAUCUCUAGGCUCAUAACUCCGAGAGGGUUUCGCGUCUUAGAUAUCGAGAAAAUGACUAAUAACUUGGCGGAAAAGCUCGGUGUAGGAGGCUUUGGCACUGUGUAUAAAGGAACGUUAGACGAUGAAACUCCUGUAGCUGUCAAGAUACUGAACAGAUCAGAUGCUGCUGCUAAAACAUCGUUUCACCGUGAAGUUAUAAGUAUCAGCAAAACUUCUCAUAUUAACGUCGUUGGACUUGUUGGUUACUGUUCCGAAGGUACCAUGAGAGCGUUGAUUUAUGAAUUCAUGCCUAAUGGAUCGUUAAGCCAGUUGACAAAAGAUUGUCAUUUACUGGGAUGGGAUCCAUUGUUGCAGAUUACGUUGGGAGUAGCUCAAGGGCUUGAAUACUUGCACCAAUUCUGCCAAAGCAGAAUAGUCCACCUCGACAUUAAGCCACACAACAUUCUUCUCGACAAAGACUUCCGCCCAAAAAUCUCUGAUUUCGGGCUUGCUAGGCUAUGUUCAUACACAGAGGCCAGUGAAUUGAUUCUCUCAAACAAAUUUGGAACGCCAGGUUAUAUGCCUCCCGAGUUAUUGUACAGAGCAAAUGCAGGGGGCGUAUCUCACAAUUCCGAUGUCCAUUCUUAUGGAAUAACAGUUUUGAAUAUGGUAAAGCAGAAGAAAAGCCUCGAUAACACACUUGACGAGGAAACAGACUAUUGUGAUGUUAUAGUCGACAUAUUUCAUCAGAAUGAAAAUAACAUUGAUCGUGUUCGAAGUAAGGUGGAGUAUGAAAGUGUGAAGAAGAUGAUAGUGGUCGGCUUGAAAUGCAUUCAAGCUCGUCCUAAGGAUCGACCAUCAAUGACCGAGGUGAUAAGCAUCUUAAUAGCAAGCAAUGUAGAGGCAAUGCGACUCCCAAAUAUACCUUCCCUUUAUCCUUCUCAGCAACUUCCUAAGGUUGAUGUUUGCGACAAUGGGAUUUCCAAUACUAAUGAUCAGGAUACUAUACGUGAAGCUCAGUAGAAUUGUUCGUUUUCUUCAGAUGAUAAUUGAUGUUGGUUGGAAACUACUGGCAAGUUAUUAGAGAUUGAAGAGAUUUCUUUUGUGGGAAAUAAUGAGAGAUUCUUGAUGUAUAUAUUUAAGCUUUGCAAUUGACAUUCAGAGCAUGACUUGCUGUGAGCUCUGGAGCUUGUUGUUGUGUAUUUGAAAUUUAUUGAUUUGACUUUUUCGGACUCACAUA